AUGCAGCAGACAACCAGCAGGUCGCCAAGCCACAUUUCGUGUUUAUCUGGUGUUGGGCAACAUGAUUAGGAGCGGGAACACUCAGAAGCGAUGAUGAACGACCAAAGUCUAAUUCCAACCACUGCCCUGUGCCCAUUCAUACGAAACUCUAUGAAACUUCUCCCCCUUUGAAACACAUCUCUCCCUCCCUACCUGCCUCGCUCCCCUUCUGAAACAUUACUCUAUCUGGUACAGUACUCGUGUCGUGUCCUUCCUGUCUACAACACGAUGGCCUCACUUUCCUGGGAAUAUGCACCGAGCAGUUAUUCCUGCCUCGCGAUACCAAAGAAUCUCAAAUGUUGUCGAAAUGCUGUACUCGAGAUUAGGUGGACUGAGUCGGUUUCGGGUCAAGCCGCCUUGACGACGUUCGAUCCAUACCAAUCGGUCACUGCAAUUCGCAUCCGUGUCCUAUAAUCGUAUCUUGAAAAUCAGCGAGGUGUAUUCAAACAGAAGCGCAGGACGUGAUUACAUGUUCGUUGCAGGUCACGAUUUCGCAGCUUGAAUGCAGAAAUCAUUCUACAAAAUCGCCACCUCCGAGCCAGCCUGAUCCGCCAUCGCAAGACAAGCAAUGCUGGACGGAAAGGCCGGCCGGUCUCGUCUUGGGCGAGAAGCACGAAACCCCCGGGUGACGGUGACGGUAACAAACCAACGGUAAAUAAGAGAAGAAGAGGGAUGCGCGAGUUUUCAGCUUUCUGGAUACUUGGCUGGUUCGAACACGGCUCGAGUCAGUGCAGAGCAUAAAGACAUGUUCCGUUGCGUUCCUCUAUCCACCGGCAUUCGUGAGGGUUUCCGCAUAUUCUAGUUGUUCUUCUACUCUACCAGCUUACCAAAUUAAUCAGAUUGACAGAUCCACUGCUAGAAAUUGAAGAGGACAUGACAUGGUUGUACUCCUCAUAUGCGAGAUGGUCCUGCGACAGGAUCUAGACAUUGCAGCAGCGGUUGAUAACCUCGAACACAUUUCGCACUGCAGUUUGGUAUCGCUUUCCCAGACGUAAGCCGUUACGUGAUUACGCGAAGAGCGUUCAAUUCCUACCCAGGUCAAUUGGUGAAGGAGCUUUCUAUCAAUUGUCCGGGUUCUUCCGUGGAGAAAGCGAUCUAGUGAGCACCGAAUUGCACCGACUAUGGGGUCGAUGAUUGAUAACGAUAAGCCUUUUUAUAAUAAAUUGGUCGAAGUGCACGCUCUUGGUAGGUCGCGGUGAUGCCCAUCAUGGUCUUCACAAAACCUGCGGCAAGACGAAAGUUCGAGCAAUUACAGGAGCCAUGGGGUUGUUUUGUGGACGAAAUGUCCGAAUCAUCUCUCAGUAAUCAGAGACUGUGUCCGUCGAAAGUGGAAAAAGAAUGUCAACAGAUGUGAGUGGCGAUGGGGUGAAGUUAUGGACAGAUUGCAUACGCACCAGAAGGCUAAAGAAACAUGGGUCCCAAGAAGGAGAAACCUAAUUCGCCAAAAUCUCCGAAAGGUAAGAAGGACAAGGGAAAGUCUCCCACACCGCCUCCAGAAGAACCUGUCGAGGAAAUCACGACAGACGCAGUUUCAGCUCUUCCUCCAGGGGAGCUUCCCGGCCCUCCUCCAGUUAUAAAACCAGAAUUUGUCUAUAACAAGGAGCUGACACCUGAGCAGCUGAAUCAGAUUCUCCAGCUCUCUCCCAACCUCGAAGAAGCUGCAAGAUGUCUAGCAGGUAUAAUGCAGCUCGGAGACAUACGGUUCGAUGCAAGAAACCUGAUUCUUCUCGAAUAUUGUCUUGGCACCUUGAUGUUUGGAAAAAACGCGGAUAUGAAAUUGAAGCAGAUACAUGUCCUAUACGACAUGGGUCACAUGAUUCUGGACAUUAUUAGAGCGGGAAAUCCAUUUGCAGAUGCAGAAAGAACGUUCAGAAAUAGACUUAUCGCCAUGAGUAUGAAGAGUGUAGACAAGCUUGAAGAACCUAUAUUUUCUGCCUGGGAUUUGCAAAGGAUAACUCCAUACUUCACAUCCACUAUAUUUCAGCAUUAUUGCCUGUACCAGUACUGCUUCACAAAGGAUCAUUACAACAUAACAAGGGACGAGAGAGUUUGGGUCGAAACACCAAUGCUAUAUCCUCUCUCUCUGUCCAAGACAACAGAAGAGCUACAAGCAGAAGAGGCUGCAAGGAAGGCUGCUGCUGAGAAAGCUGAAGCUGAUGCUAAAGAAGCUGCCGCCAAGGCUUCUCAAGAUGCUUUCGCACUGCUGGCUGCGGAGGCUGCCUUGAGAGCAGAAGAGGAACUGAAGCGCAAACCACUCAACUUGCAGGAAGCUAUAGAAAUGGCAGUGCGAGAUAAGGUUCUGGAGGCCAAAAAAGCUCUGAUUGAAGAAUACGAGUACAGAGAAAAGUUUCUGAUUGACAAAGUGCUACAGAUGCACGGAGAUGAGGGUACCACAGAAGCGGCAGCUCCGGUCGUGCCCUCAGGUAAAGAGCCACCGGAUGCAGCUCAGAAGCCAGCCAAAGGCAAGGGGGCAGACAAGAAGGAGGCAGAUGCAGAGGCACCGAAGUCAAAGAAAUCAUCCAAGAAGUAGUUGUUAUGCUCAUCUCGAAUGUGUUGUGGUGGGAAGUAGCACAAUUGUUCUUUAGAAGCAGCCGUCAAAUGAACAUCGGUGGUCUUGCCAGAGGCGCUACUCGGAUAUAAAUUCAAGGAAGUUUUCUCCAGGGUACUUGUGUAUCACACUUUGUAAGCUCUCCUGUCAUUGAAUAGCCUCUCACCCAUGAAGUUCAAAACAUCUGUGCAAAUAUCCCUCUCCGGGUUAAGUUUAUCUUUACCUCUACUCUGUAAUAUUCAUGGGGCUCUACCAGUCCAUUUCAGAGAGCAACACCAUUCGAGAAGGGCACGAGUGAAAAGUCGACAUCCGAAAAAUUGAACAGAACGUAAGGGCUCACGCGCACACAAGGAGAGAGUAGCUCUGUGUGGCUGUCUGCUGGAGAGAAAAUGCGUUCUUUCAGUGCAGCUAUGGCUGAGAAGGGUGUAAAAAGUUCGAUAUGGAAAGAGUUCAUAAGGCAACAUAACGACAACGCAC